AUGACCGGCAGGGUCUAUCUGCGAGCCAUUGUACCAAUUGGUGCCUUCUUCAGCUUGUCACUGAUCUGCGGCAAUUUGACGUACCUGUACCUUAGUGUGGCUUUCAUUCAGAUGUUGAAGGCUACUACACCCGUUGCAGUCCUACUUAUCGGAUGGGCUAUGGGAAUCCACAAAGCCGAUCUGAAAGUCCUAUUCAACGUAUCCUUCAUCGUCCUCGGUGUUAUUAUCGCCUCAAUCGGCGAGAUUAAAUUUGUCAUGCUGGGAGUCAUCUUUCAGCUUGGAGGCAUCCUAUUCGAAGCGAUUAGACUGGUCAUGGUGGAACGGCUAUUAAGCUCCGCCGAGUACAAGAUGGAUCCAUUGGUCUCGCUCUACUACUUCGCCCCAGUUUGCGCCAUUAUGAAUUUCUGCACGGCUUUGGUCUUCGAAAUACCACGAAUCCAAAUGGAGGAGCUAUACCAUGUGGGUUUGUGGACACUCUUGGCAAAUGCAAUGGUGGCAUUUGCGUUGAACGUCUCAGUGGUGUUCCUGAUUGGCAGAACAUCGGGCCUGGUGAUGACCCUCUGCGGCGUUCUGAAGGACAUCCUGCUCGUUGGUGCCUCCAUCGCCAUCUGGGGCACCCCAGUCUCACCUCUUCAAUACUUUGGUUAUAGUAUUGCCCUUGGUGGACUCGUCUACUAUAAGCUUGGAGCCGCCACCAUGAAAGCACAAUUUUCGGAAGCUGGCCGCCUCUGGGCUGAGUUCGGUUCCAACCGUCCUGUCCUACGAAAAGUCAUUGUGUUCGGUGGCAUACUCACGAUCCUUUUCGUACUGUUAGGAGGACUUGCACCUACUGUCGGCUACGACUCGAAUUAUUUGACUUCCACUAUCAAAGGUGCCGACAAACCUUCGUAG